AUGGACCAACUAAAACACACCCUCUCCGGCCUCGGCGGUUUCGCCAAAGAGAACCUUCCCCCGCAAGUAACCGGCACCGUCACCGACCUCACCUCCUCCGUCCGGCGCAAGCUUACCCUCGGCUCCCGUCGACGCACGCAACCCAUCGACGACGAAGAAGCAGGCGACAUCAUCCCCUCGGACGCCCACGCCGGCGGCGGCCAUUCCACAUGUAAACCAGGCGAUGGACCCCAGCUGCGCGUCUCACCGGCUUUACACUCCUUCAUCGCCCGUAAUCACAUCUUACAGUCCGAAGAAACCGUAUCCGACUUACUGUCCAAACCCCACAUUGCCGUCCCUCCCGAGAUCUUAUUCGGUGAAUCCUCCGCCGAUCCCUACCGCCAUACUCUCCAGGCGGGGUCUCGAUGUGUCGAGAUCGACGUGUGGGAUAACCCCGACAAUUUGGACGAACCAAAAGUUACGCACGGGUAUACUUUGGUUUCCAACAUUCCGUUUCGCGAGGUAUGCAAGAUUAUCUUGCAAGUUGUGGCUGAAGAGGAAAAAGAAGAAGAGGAACAGGGUGGUGGUGGUGCGGCGCCGGUGUUAAUUUCGCUUGAGAACCACUGCGGUGCAAGAGGGCAGGAGGCGUUGGUGAGGAUCAUGAAGGAGGUGUGGGGGAGGCAUUUACUUGAUAAACCGGUUGAGACAGGAGAAGGGGGGCAUACCGAACAAGAUCAACAUGUUCCUUUGCGGGAGUUGGGGUCAAAGAUUGUUGUUAUUGUUGAACACCACCUCGUCAACGAAGCCAGCUCUUCUUCCUCCUCUGACUCUUCAAGCGACAGCAGCUCAGAAGACGAAGACUCCAAAAAAGAAAAGCGCCAACGCAAACAAGCCAAGCACACACCCGAGGCAAAGCUCAUUCUUCCAGAACUAGCCGAGCUAGGCGUCUACGGCCAAUCCGUCAAACCGCCCGAUAACAGCUGGUUCACCACCCCUCCUUCCUUCCUACUCAAAGACGGGCCGCACCAUCACUUGAUCAACGUCUCCGAAUCAGGUCUCAACCGAUUACUAGGGCAAGGACACGGCGCGAGCAUCGCUAGACAUAAUUCCCGGCAUUUGAUGCGUGUGUAUCCCAAAGGCACGAGGAUUUCUUCGAAAAACCUCAAACCUUUACCUUUUUGGGGUCUAGGAGCACAGGUGUGUGCAUUAAACUGGCAGACUUUUGAUGCGAGUAUGCAAAUCAACGAAGCCAUGUUUGCUGGAACGGGGGGGUACGUGCUUAAACCUUCUUGGUUGAGGGGGAAUAACGCGGCGAUGGUGGGGUUGGGGGAUAAAGAGUUUAGGGAGACAGUAUCUCGUACGAGAAGACGAAAAAGGUUGCGGUUGGUGGUAGCUGGUGCUAGCGACGUUCCCAUUAGGGAUACGGAUAAGGAGUUAAAGCCGUACUUGACGUGCACGCUGCUGCACCCGGGGGUACCGUUCGGGGAGAUGCAGCAGACGAAGAAAAAGACGGAUGUAUUUCGGAGACAUAAACUUACUGCGCUGAUAGGGGGACUGACGGGGGCGGUGGCGAGGGAGGAUGAGAGUCUGGUGACAGAUCCGGUAUGGGAAGAGACGCUGGAGUGGGAGUUUGAGGAUGACGAGUUGGUUUUCUUGAGAAUGUUCAUCAAGAGCGAUGAUUCUUUUUCGUCGAACCCGGUGUUGUGUGUGGCGAGUGUUCGGUUGUUGUAUGUGCAGUCUGAGGAAGUCAACGGGCAGUGGAGAUUUGUGAGGAUGUUGGACCUCAAAGGACGGGAGACGGGGUGUUCGUUGUUGGUGAAGUUUGAGGUUGAUGAGAUCUGA